AUGGAUCAGGAGAGGGAUGACUCGAUGGAGGACAUGCUCGAAUCCAUCCCUCCUUCGUUGACGAUGAUGAACCCUCAGAACAUGAAGCUGCACCUCCCGAAGCCGUCGGCCACAAGUUACGGCGCAUUCUUCGAGCACGAGCAGAACCUUUUCGAAGGUAUGAUGGGGGCUAACGGUGGAGGCGCCAUCGCCGGGAACGCGAUCUCUCACCUCGCAUCACCCUUGGGCUUAAAGCCAAAAUUGACCAUGGUCCAAGUGCCCAACGGUUCGACCCCUCUUCCCUUGAAGCGGUCGCUUCACUCGACACUCGCUCUAUUGGAAUGA